AUGUACGCUUCCGACUAUUUUAAUAUAACACCGCCUAACCAAUAUAGUUUUCUUGGGUUCUAUCAACAUCGGUCUAAACAAAAUGAUUUUAAGUUUUCAUUUCGCAAAGAAGCAAAUAUUUUACGCAAAAGUCUAAAAGCAAUAUUAAGUAAUAGUAGUAACUCAGAAAUAAUUGAAAGUGCUAAAAGUCUCGAGGAAAGUUUUGAGUCUGAAACUCACACAACUACGGCGGACUCCUUACGUGCAGUCUACCUUAUGACCUUACGUGCUCGUUGUGGUCUACAAAAAAGUAGUAUGGGAAGCUUCCAAAUCACCGAAACAAAUUCCGGAAAGUUGACAAAUUCUGGAACGAUAUUGAAAACGGAUGUUUACAUGAAGAAAUCUUUAGAGAGGAGAAGGUUGAAAAUGGCUCGUGUGGUAACUCAAGGGACUUCGAAAGCAACUGCAACAGUAAUGGAAAAUGUCGAUAUAAGACUGAAGUCUAAUCGAAAACAUAAUUUACCCGAUACAUCCAAACGUACUGAUGAAAUCAAAGAUGAAACAGCUAAAAGGAUCAAAGCAACCCAAGACCCAUCAUUUAAUUUGGAAGAAAGUGACGAACAAAAUAAUGGGAUUAUGAAGGAAGAAAGUCAGAAAGCAAAAAAUUAUGAUGAAAACAUUUCAUCAGCUGACGAAUCGGAUUUGGAAUAUCCAAGAGAACAGAUGAAUGACGAAUUAAAUUCCGUGAUAUCAUCUAUCUAUGAGGACGAAGAUGAAGAAAAUUCUUUAGAUGGCAGUUCUGAUGAAGAAGAUACAGCCGAACUUGCAGAUGUGUCAUUUAAUUCUUUCGUUGGUUCAAAAACUGAUAACAAAAAUUAUAAUUGGAAAUUAAAAAAUAAUGAAAGCGUAAGAGGUCGUCUUAUAAAUAGGACAAAAGAAGCGAUUGAAGAAGCAAAAAAAACCGAAAAAGUAGACUCGAAACUAAUGAGUGUUAUAAGAUUGGGACUUUCAUCCAUCAUAGAUCUUUCGUCGGAAUUUAAAGGAGGCAUGCACUCCUGGUUCGGGGACAAUUGGAUACCAUUAAAGAAUGAAGUAUUAUCAAAAAUUAACUUGAAAGUUGAAAGGUUCACAGGAGAAGUAUCAGAAUUAAUCACAAAAGUAGAAAAUCUAUGUGAUUCAUAUGACUAUUUGGGGGCACGAAAACUUGUAUUAGAAAAAGUGAUGGAACGACCCAUUGAGAAAAAUCCCUAUAUUUUCAUCAAAAGAGAUGGUCGGCCUCAAAACCAUACAGAAAUCCAAUAUGUAAUGAUUUUAUCAGGUCCUAUUUUAGACAUAAUAUUCUCAGAUCAACGAGAUUAUGUUAGAUUAAUAUGGGGAGAAUCAGUUUCACAAGUCACUAAUGAUUCAAGAAGAAAAAUUGAUCUUUGUAUAAGAACGGAAGAUGGUACCAAAGAAUUGAGCCAUUCCGAAUGUGCUCGGGAAGCUACAUUUAUAAAAAUUUUAAAAGACCGCAGUAAAUCUCUGAGAACUAAUAAAUGUAUACUCAAUAACUUCCUUGAAAGCAAUAUUCUUGACGAAGCUUUAGAAGAUACAGCAAUUUUCGGAUUGCAGUUGGCAGCUUUGGAAGGUCAAUUAAUUGGAAUUGAUUUAUUGGAUGAAGGACUUUAUUUUGGAUUUAAUGGACCAGCUUUUAGGUUUCCCGCACAGAUAUGCAGUAUUGGUGUCUUAAGACAAACAUUAGAGGAGAAAGUCAUCAAAAAAGCAAAACAUUUACUUCAGAAUUCAAGCGAAAAUAAGAUUACCAAACUUUUACAUUCCGAAAAUAUUGAGAG